AUGUUUCCAAAAACAUCAAAUAAUGAUGAUUCUCCUACAUGUACAUGUCAAUGUCAUAAAUCAAAUUCUCCACUUAACAAUGAAUAUUUUCUAUUUGAACAAGCAUUAAAACAAGCUAGAUUAGAACAACAACAAGAAAGUUCAUUAACUAAUAAUCGUCUUAUUCAAACAUUAAAACGUCAACAUGAAGAAUUAAUUAAUAUAUAUCAACAAAAUAAAAUUCAAAAACAAGUUAAUUUAACAAAAAUUGAUCGAGAACAACAAACAAUUAAACUUCAUCAACAUGAUUCACAAGUACAAACUGAUUUAACAACAAUAAAUAAUAGUAAAAUAUCACCUAAACAACAAAAAUCUAUUAUUAUACCAACAAUGAAUUCACAUACAACAAAUAAUAAUGGAAUAUUAACAGCUACACGAAAUUAUAAUACUGUUUAUAAUUCAAUUCAAACAUCAUCAUCAUCAUCAUCAUCAUCAUCAACUUCAUCAUUACAACAAAUAAUACCUCGUUUAUCUGCAAAUGCUUUAGCAACAACAACAAUAACAAAUAAAACAUCAACAGUUACAACAAAAUCAGCUAUUGUAACAAAUUCUCAAUCAACAAAUUCACUUCCACCACCGCCACCACCACCACCACAACCACCGCCGCCAGCAUUAUUAUCUACGGCUACUUCUCAUGAUGUUGUGGAUUUAACAGAAGAAGAUGAAGAUGAUAAUACAAAUAGAACACCUACUGCUCAACGAAUAACUUCUACUAGACAAAGUACAACAUUUAUUCAACCCGCAACAUCAACAACAACACUAACACCAAUAGCGACAACUACAGCUACUCGUAUUCGGCCAACAAAUCGUACUAUUCGUCCAAAUCCU